AAUAACAUGACACGUAUGUGAUUCUGUGGUUGAUUUUCGCUAAUAUUUUCGUGUUUGCACUUCGGAUGUCCUCUUACACUUUUCAUUUAUCCCUUUUCUUUGUUCUUUGUCGGGCUUCCUUUUAUCAUGGAUGGAUAUGUACUACUUCCUCCGUUCGCAUUUAAUCAACGCCCUGCAUACAUACAAGCUCUACUAACUAGGCUGUACUCCCGCAUCAAUUAAAAAGAACGUAGGUAGUAGCAUUUUACAUAACCACUUUGAAUCUUUCUGGAGGAGAUCCUCUACCCAUACCCUUGAUUCUUCCCCGAGCUCUCUCUGUCUCUUUAUCUCCUCCACCGUCCCAUCGUCUCCAGCCCAGGGCCGGUGUCCUCCGCACCGUGCUCUUCUUUCUCCUCCAGCGGACUACACGGUGGCCCUCCGGCGAGGCACGGCCCUGUCGCCUUCCUCCCGUUCCUACGGUGUACCUCUACCCCGCCCUCCACGUCCAUCGCCGCCUCCUCCUCCUCUUCCGUUUCCCGCCACCGCGGUGCUCGCCCCACUCGUAUGCGCGUGCCCGCGAAAUCCUAGCUCCGUCCUGCUCUUGGUCGCCAGCACUGCUCCACUGUGUCUGCUUCCCUAUCUGCUACCCUUUCCUGCCAUGUCCUGCUCCUUCCUCUCCCUGUCAGUGAGUAAGCCCUUCUCUGGAAUCCUGAUGCAGCACGAGGAGGAGGUCUCCAACCGCGUGCCAUCACACGUCCAAGAUGAUUACAUUGUUUUCUCUCUGUUUCUUCUUAAAUUUUUUGGGAAAGGUAGAAGUUCUACUUGUGUCCAGGAUUGCGCACAUGGAGGAUCAGCGCCAGCGCCGGCAGGAAGCGCCCGUGGCAGAGCGUUCGAUUGCUUGCACCUGUGGAUGCAGCUAGCCUGCCGUAGGGCCGCCGCCAGCACCGGAGGAGGACGGGAGUCCGCGCGUCUGCUGUUCUUCCAAGGCCGCGACAUUGGCGUUUGCGAGGCUUUUGUUCCUCUGCGCCCCGGCGUGCUCCCACAAGGCAGUCCUACGGUUGGGCGUGCACGUCGACGCCGCGGCGCCAACGCCGAGGAGGAGCGGAAGGUGUUCGGCCGGUGGCGUCUCUCCCUCCACGGCAGUGCCUGCUUCGAGCAGGCCUUCGGUGGCUCUGGCGUGGCAGGGGACGACGAGAAGGGGGAGGUCGCCGAUGGACAACACGUUGAUGUGGCGAUCCAUGCUGGACGAGCUGGCAGCGCGUCGGCACGAGGGGAUGGAGGCAGGGUGUUGAUCGUGUGUAUUACAAGCUGCAGGGUAUCAACAAUCCGGUGGAGAAUCACCUGUGAGGUGCCGACGGUGAUGGGCCCCUUCUAGGUUGGUGGCGGCCGCUCCAAGGUGCUGCUCACCACAACCCGCCACCUCUUGAUGUUGCCGUUGUCUGCUCCUCAUGCCGGCGAUGCGCGUGACGCACCUGAAUCGCACGGCCGCGAAUCACCUGUGCCGCUUGCCCUGCUGGCCGCCAUGGGCCAAGCUACUGUUUGUGUGAUGCGAGCCAUGCCACUGGCUGGGGUACAGAUCAGCACCCUCCUGCUAGCGAUCUCUAUCAUCACGCUCACCUGCCUUCCAGCCUCUCAUGCCGGGCACAGCCGGUUGAUGAGCCACAUUGUUGACUUCUUCCGUUCUGUUGCUGCCUAUAAAGUAUGGUCUGCAAUUUUUGUUCUUGCGCGUUGAGUUCAGCCGCCGGGCUACACCGGAAAGUGGUGGUCGACGACGGCCUAGCAGAUGAUGUGCUUCUGGCCGGCUCUGGAUCACCGCUUGAGAAGGAUGAUAUAAGAAAAGUCCUUUUGACAUAUGAGCAUCAGUGCUCCUGCCACGUGGAGAUCUCAUGUGCCGUUGGAUUUCUCAGUCGGUCCAUCCAUCUGUCUAUAUGGUUUUAGUAUGAAGUAGUUUCGUUCUGGUAUAUGUGACUGUAUAGCAGCAGCCAAAUAAAAUUUA